AUGGUUGCGGCCGGACAGGUGGAGGCGCUUGAAGCCCUAGUUACAAAGUUGAAGGAGGAUCCAUCCUUGAUUUAUGAUCCCAAGCUCGCAUUCUUCAAGGAAUUCGUUCUUAGCUGGGGCGCCAAGGUGCCGGAAGCAAAGCCGAAGCCCAAGGAGGAGCCAAAGGCCCCAGCGCCAGAGCCGGCCAAGGAAGACGAGGAAGAGGAUGAAGAGCCUGAAGAGCCUGAGGACCCCGACCCAGAACGCUUGGAGGAGGAUCCAGAGCCAUACCCUCCGCAAGGACCGUCAGACAACCGCGAACUCAGCGACAGUGAGCUUGACAAGCAGGGUGAGUUGAAGCAGGCGGCUGCAGAGGCACAGGAGGACGGCAACCUCGCGAAGGCACUCGAGAAGUUGACCGAGGCCUUCCAAAUCGGAAACGUCUCUGCAAUGAUGUUUGCAAAGCGAGCCGAGCUUCUGCUGAAGCUCAAGAGGCCAUGUGCCUGCAUAGCAGACUGCAACGCAGCGCUCAAAAUCAAUCCGGACAGCGGGAAAGCUUAUCGUGUCAGGGGCAAGGCGCACAGGCUCCUCGGCCACUGGGAGCAGGCGCAUCAAGAUCUUGCAGAGAGCCAGAAGCUGGACUUCGAUGAUGACACUGCGGAGUUACAAAAACUUGUGGACUCCAAGUACAAGAAAAUUGCAGAGCGCAAGAACAAAGACCGGUUGCGGUCAGAGCAGCGCAAAGAGAAGGAGAGAAGGCGAAGGAAGGAAGAGGCACAGCGGGCCUACGAAGAAGCAAAGAAGCAGCCUCCGCCUGGAGCAGGCUAUGGAGGAUUCCCUGGAGGAGGCUUUCCGGGCGGUUUCCCUGGCAUGCCCGGUGGCAUGCCGGGCGGCAUGCCGGGCGGCAUGCCUGGCAUGCCAGGUAUAGACCCAAGCAUGCUGAGUGGUAUCAUGAGUGAUCCAGAGCUCAUGCAGGCUUUUUCCGAUCCAAGAAUGGCGGCGGCAAUGCAGGACAUCAUGAGCAAUCCUGGAAAUAUCGCAAAGUACCAGAAUGAUCCUGACGUCAUGAACCUCAUAAACAAGGUGAUGGGAGCUUUUUCCAAAUUUGGUGGAGGCAUGCCACCGGGCAUGCCUGGUGGGUUUGGCGCCGCCGGAGGAAGUGGCGGUGGCUCGGCAGGGGCAUCUGCAGGACCAACCGUGGAGGAGGUUCCAGAGGCAACGAACGUUGAUGAAGUCGACUGA